AUGAAUUGGGAAAAGAAGCAUUUGAGAGAUCUAGUAUCGACGAGUAGGGAUUGGACUCCAUUUAGCAAGAGCAACGUUAGCUUGAACACGGAAAAUACGUACCGGGUGAAACUUGAGUUUUUCAUACGUCUGCUGAUCAUGAAUAGGCAAGGUUGCAGUGGGGGGAAUGUUUCACCAAGGAACAUUUCCAUUGGAAUAUCAAGAAAUGGUCUGACUAACGGUUUAUCAGAGGAGGAUGAGGAUGAUUUAAAGAUGGAGCUAGCAAAGACAGAGGAUGAGAUGCAGACAUUGCGGCAGGUGCUCUUGGCCAAAGAGAAAUAUGCGGUGGACAUCAAGAGGCAGCUGGGUAUGGGCCCCUUCAGUGAGAUUAAACAGAACAUGUCCAAAGGCUGGCAUGAAGUCCAAACCUCCAACAUAUAUCUGACCGCCUCAGCUACUCUGGAGGACAUCAGCCAAUCUAACGCGUAUAAGAUGACCCAUGACACUAUUUCUCAUGCAGGACAGAUCAGCACUGCUGCCAUGUCCACAAUGGGUGUGGCCAUCACAAAGAGACUGGGAGAAAUGAGAGCACUGCCUUUGCCAAGCCCACCUCGCCCCUCCUUGGGCCACUCCAUCAGUGUGCCUGCUAUGAGUAUGAGACAUUCCAAUACAUUCAAGUCCUUUGAAGACAUGGUGGGAAGCGUGAAGAACAAGGUGUCCGGGAGUCGAGGGAAUGACGGAAAUGUCUCUGGGUUUGGCAGAAGCCCAUCUCAGAACAGUGGUUCCUUCUAA